GGCUGGCUGAGCCUCUCAGGUGGGACCCUGGCCGUGGCUCGUGGCCUUCUCACCUCGGCAGCGUGAGCACACCCCCAGGAGGCCCCAGCGGGACCAUCUCCUGUCCAAACACCGGGACACAGCACAGCCCCACUCCAGGCCAGGGGACCAGCGCUACACCGCGACUUUCCCAGCACACGCAGGACAGCCAAGGCCAGAGAAGGCUCCCAUCCCCAGCCUGACUGACUUCACCCGGAUCCCGGCUGUCCGGAUCCAAAAGCCAAUCUGAUUAUGCCCAGCAGCACCCCCAAGUGAGACUCUUCCACGGAAAUUCCUUGCUUUCAGAACCAGGACUCAAACUCAUCUCAGGUGAGACCGAAGCAUCUGCAGUCCACACCCACUGCUCUGGCUUCGUCUUCCCCAUUUCUGCUCCAGCCCGGCUGUUCUUCAGUUCCGUGGGAGAGCCUUGCUUCCCCUCACCCCAGGGCCUCUGCACACUGUUUGCUGUGCUCUUUUCCCCUGCUCUUCCCGGGGAAACGUCAAGUCAGUUCCCCAAGGAAGCCUCCUGCUUGCACAGUCAGAGUCAGCGCUCUGUUCAGACCAUCACGGAGCACACAGCGUCGGCCCUGGCAGUGAGAAUAUGCUUGUCUGCGUUAUCUGGUGAAAAUCAGUCUCCCCCACCAGCCCAUCGGAGCGGGGAUCAGGUCUUGUUUCCGGUCACCGUUCCUAGUUCCAGGCGCAGGGCCUGGCCCGGGACAGAGCCUCAAAACAUUUCUUCAAUAAAAGAAAGGAAGAGAUGAGAGAGGGAGGGAGCAGAGAGGGGUUUUCCAGCCUCACAUUAAGAGUCCAUGAAGUAAACAGCCCGAGGAACAGGAACUAUGACAAGCAUUAGAGAUCUACUGGCCGCACCUGGCGGCUUUUCAGUAUUUUUCCAGCCCUGGAACCACAGGUUGAAAGGCCUUGCAGGAGGAGAAAAACACAGGAAAAAGAGGAGGACGGAGGACAGACGGCCCUGUGGGAAGAAUACAGACAGACGAGAGGGAGGGAGGACGGGUGGAGGGCAGGAGGAACCCGCCCCAGCUGGGUCAUUCCCGUGCCUGUCGUGCGGAGGGGGGACCGUGACCCGCAAGCCCUCGCGGCCUCGCAGCUCCAGGCCCAGCACACGGCAUGCUGCGACCCGAGCCCGCGAGGGCCACCCGCUGGCAGCCGGGCAGAAGGCAGCCCCUGAGGGUCUGCGGGCUUGGGGAGAGGCGCUUCGGAGCAGAAAGAAGAAAGCCAAGGCGGGUGGCGACCUGGGAGGGAGGCGGAGAGUGUGGAGCCUGCAUCACACCCCUCGUUGCCCUGGGUCACCCACGGCAUCGCAUCGCCUCCGUGGCACCUGGACCUCUGCUUCCCCCUCUGCUCGUGUGGAUGGCACGAAGGGAAGUGUGCUGCCAACACAGCCAAGUGUGCCCCGGGGGCCCGGAGUUGAUCUGGUGCAAAGAAUUCAGGCUGUGAACGAGGGGGCGGGGCUCCGUUCCGGGGGCGGCGCCAGCUGUCCGCCGGGUGACUGCAGCGCAGACGCCUGCUCCCCAGCUCCUGGCUUCUCAGUUUGGGUUGUCCCGCACAGGUAGAAUGCAGUUUUUGUUUCGCUGCAAAAACUAAUAAGCGUGUGUAUCACUUCUGCGCUGGGAGGGGGCCUCCAGUCUCCCCACGUCUCCCACAUCAGUGUUUGCUUUUUUUAAGGAAUAUUUUACAGAAAGGUGGGCGUACAGG